AUGCCUGGUUUGAAACGAGAAGUAGUGGAGUUAAAGUUACCAAUUCGACCAGACAAAAAGCCAGUCAAACAGAUUCCGCGUAGGUUCGCUCCACAAAUCCUACCAAAGAUCAAAGAAGAAAUCGAUCGACUGUUGAAAUGCGGCUUUAUCAGGCCUGCAAGGUAUGUAGAUUGGCUAGCAAAUGUAGUUCCAGUUAAAAAGAAAAAUGGAACCAUAAGGGUAUGCAUAGAUUUUAGAGAUCUGAAUCUCGCUACCCCUAAAGACGAAUACCCAAUGCCGGUAGCAGAAAUGCUAGUCGAUUCAGCGGCGGGUUUCGAUUACUUGAGUAUGCUAGAUGGAUACUCUGGUUACAAUCAAAUCUUUAUUGCAAAAGAAGAUAUCGCUAAGACCGCAUUUCGAUGCCCAGGGGCGUUAGGAUGUUAUGAAUGGAUAGUGAUGCCAUUUGGUCUAAAAAAUGCUGGUGCUACAUACCAGAGAGCGAUGAAUUUAAUGUUCCAUGAUUUCAUAGAGAAUUUUAUGCAGGUUUACAUAGAUGACAUUGUAGUGAAAUCUUCUUCGGAAGAGAGACACUUGGAACAUUUACACCGAUCAUUCGAAAGGAUGAGGCAAUAUGGAUUGAAAAUGAAUCCUUUAAAAUGUGCAUUUGGGGUUUGUGCGGGUGAUUUCUUAGGGUUCGUCGUGCAUAAAAAGGGAAUCAAGAUCAACCAGAACAAAACCAAAGCAAUAAUUGAGACCAAGGCUCCUUCUACAAAGAAAGAGUUACAGUCUCUAUUAGGAAAAGUCAACUUUCUCCGAAGGUUUAUAUCAAACCUAAGUGGCAAGACACAAGCUUUCUCACCACUACUCCGACUAAAGAAAGAUGAUGUUUUCAAAUGGGAACCAGAGCACCAAAAAGCUUUCGAUGAAAUCAAGUCUUAUUUGGUAAAUCCUCCGGUUCUUUCCCCUUUGUUGAAAGGUAGAAGAAUGAAGAUAUAUAUAGCAACGUCAGAUGGCACCAUCGGAAGCAUGUUAGCACAAGAGGAUGAAUAUGGCACAAAAAGGGCCAUUUAUUAUUUAAGUCGACAUUAUAUAAAGCCUUUUGAUGUUUAUGUGUAUUCCCAUUUUGAUAUCAUUAAACAUAUGCUGUCAAAACCAAUUUUACAUAGCCGAGUCGGGAAAUGGGCUUUGGCACUGACAGAGUAUUCAUUGACUUAUCAAUCAUUAAAAGCUGUCAAAGGCCAAAUUGUGGCCGAUUUCAUUGUAGAUCAUUCAGUGAGCGAGGUUUUGACAACUGAAAUAGACAACCAUCCAUGGAAUUUAUAUUUCGAUGGUUCUAGUCAUAAAAAUGGUACUGGCAUAGGGAUAGUCAUAAUCUCGCCUAAAGAUCAUACAUUUGAAUACAUGUUUCGAAUCAAUCAGUUUUGCUCUAACAACGAGGCCGAAUACGAAGCCUUAAUUAUAGGUCUAGAAAUUGCACUCGAACUGGGGGCAAGACACAUCGAAAUCAAAGGAGAUUCUGAACUUGUCCUCAAACAGAUGACUAAAGAAUAUAGGUGCGUUAAAGAAAGUUUGGUCACCUAUCAUGCAAUAGCUAGCAGAUUGCUAAAACAAUUUACCCAUGUGGGCAUUCGGCACGUACCUCGAAUGGAGAACCAACAUGCAAAUGAUCUGGCACAGAAGGCUUCCGGAUACAAAGUCCCUAAGGAACAGACGCAAGAGCCAAUAGAAAUCAGAAACAGGCGAAAUUCGAUAGAGUCUUUUUCUGGCGAAUCGUUAACGCCAAAACUUGGGGGGACCAGAGCAAGCCAAAAGUCCAUAAAAGGUACGGAUUUUGUGGAAAUUUUUGUCAUUAACAAUUUAAAUGAAAAUGAUUGGCGAAAGCCCAUAGUAGAUUAUCUGGAAAAUCCAAAUGGAGCCACCCCUCGAAAAGUGAAAUACAGAGCCUUGAGCUAUGUAAUAAUGGGUAAUGAACUAUUCAAAAAGACUUCAGAAGGAGUUUUAUUGAAAUGCCUAGGGGAAACAGACGCGUAUUUGGCUGUUUCUAAUACUCAUAAUGGAACAUGCGGGACACACCAAGCAGGCCACAAAAUGAAAUGGCUCUUGUUUCGACAAGGUUUGUAUUGGCCGACUAUGCUCAAAGACUGCAUAGAAUUCGCAAAAGGAUGCCAAGGAUGCCAAAAAUACACUGGAAUUCAACGCGUCCCAGCAAGUGAACUCCAUGCGAUAAUCAAACCUUGGCCAUUUAGAGGAUGGGCUUUAGAUGUGAUAGGGGAAAUUAAACCCACUUCAUCAAAAGGAUACAGAUAUAUCUUAGUAGGAAUAGAUUAUUUUACAAAAUGGAUAGAAGCAAUUCCCUUAAAAGAUGUUACUCAAGAGGAAGUUAUAAGCUUUAUCCAAAAGUUCAUCAUCUAUAGGUUUGGUAUUCCAGAAACCAUAACCACAGACCAAGGAUCCGUAUUUACUGGUCGAAAGAUGGUGAAAUUCGCCGAAGAUACAGGCUUUAAAUUGCUAACUUCGACACCAUACUAUGCACAAGCAAAUGAUCAAGUUGAAGCAGCGAACAAAAACAUCAUUGCCAUUAUUAAACGAAAAAUAAAGGCAAAGCCCAAGAACUGGCCUGAAAUAUUAGGUGAAGCUUUAUGGGCAUGUCGAACGUCUCCCAAAGAAUCGACAAACACUACACCUUUUACGUUGACAUUUGGUCAUGAUGCUGUACUACCAGUAGAGAUUCUGUUGCAAUCAGUCAUAAUCCAAAGACAAUGCGAAAUACCAGUUAAUCAUUAUUGGGACAUGGUCAUGGACGAAUUGACCGAUCUCGAUGAAGAAAGAUUAACAGCGUUAGAAGUCCUUGCGAGACAAAAAGAAAAUGUAGCAAAAGCAUAUAAUAAAAAGGUAAAAUCGAAGUUUUUUGCCCAAGAAGAUUUGGUAUGGAAAGUGAUCUUAUCAAUGGACAAGAAAGAUAGAGCUUUGGGAAAAUGCUCACCCGGAUGGGAAGGACCAUGGCAGAUAUUAAGGGUCUUUUCGAAUAAUGCUUAUGAGAUCGAAGAAUUAAACGAUGAUCGAAGGAUUUACGAAUAA